UUGGUAUGGCAUAAAACGACAACUACACAACUAUGACCAGCUACAACCACACAACAAUGACCAGCUAGCUAACAUCGCUAAAAUCAAACAAUUUUGGUGGUUUAAUUGAGCAAGAACGAACCCAUAGAUUUUACAAAGAAGAAGAGGAAAAAUGUUUAGGUUGCAGAAGACUAGACCUUCUAAAUCAGGAGAGAAAGUUGACUUCAAACUCUCUCAUUUCAGGGCUCUCCAGGUGCCGAAGGGAUGGGAGAGGUUGUAUGUGAAUAUAAUCUCUGUGGAGACGGGAAAAACGAUUGGGAAAUUGAGUAAAGCUUUGGUGCGAAAUGGGAAUUGUAGAUGGACGGAGACUCUGUUGGAGUCAAUUUGGGUUCCAGGGGAUGAUUCUUCAAAGGAGCUUGAAGAAGAGUGUAUCUUCAAGCUUGUUGUUGCCAUGGGAUCAGCCAGAUCUGGCAUUCUUGGAGAGGCAACUGUGAAUAUGGCUAGCUAUGCUUGUUCGAGUGAUCCUGUUCCUCUUCAAUUUCCAUUGAAGAAGUGCAGCCAUGGAACGGUUUUACAGGUCAAAAUUCACUGCUUGACACCAAGAACAGACAGGGAAAUUACAUCAAAAGAGACAAAUUCGAAUGAAGAAGAUCUGAAUCCCGACUCUCCGAAUGUGGAUGUCCAAUCAGAAGCAUCUAACAGCGUUUCUAUGAGGAGUGCUAGUUCAAAUUCCGGUAAAGAUCUUGUCGGAGAACCUCGGAGUAUGGAAGAAAGUUUCUCUGCCACUUCAGGUUCAUAUCACAGCUAUGACUCAGCUCCAAAUUCCAUGGAGAUGGAAAGUUUCUCUUCAAGUAACAAUUUAAAUGGCGAUGAGCAUAAUCUGAAGGGUGCUCAAGAACCAACCAGAAGCUUCCAGAAUAGUGCUCAACCAUCCAAUUCUCAUGCUGGCAAUCCUUUUCAAUCAAAGCAUUCAUCCUUUAAUUCACAACAUAUGGAUUCAAAUCACCAAUAUUUGAGAACAUUUGGUUCUUCCAAAAACCUUCUUGAAGCUGCAGAAGAUACAAUCGAGGAGCUUCGCUCUGAAGCUAAGACGUGGGAGAGGAAUGCCCGGAAGCUCAUGCUUGAACUGGAGAUAAUGAAGAAAGAACAUUCUGAUCAAUACAAAAACCAGGCAAAUCUGAGAAUGGAACUUUCAGCAGCAUGUGCAGAACAUGAUGGGUUGCAAAAGGAAGUUGCCCGACUGAAGCAACAGUUAGAGAAGUCAAUGGUGAAUCCAUCUUCAUCAGAGGUUUCAGUAUUUCAAGAUGAAGGUGUAAACCAUGUAAAGAAGGAACUGCAAGAUGAAAUCAAAUUUCAAAAAGAAUCCAAUAAUGACUUGGCUCUGCAGUUGAUGAGGAGUCAAGAAUCAAAUCUUGAGCUUGUGUGUGUGCUUCAAGAGCUGGAAGAGACCAUUGAAAAGCAAAAACUUGAGAUAGAGACCCUCUCAACACUGCAAUUAAGACUCAGUGAAAUGGAUAGCUCCAUCCUAGAAAGUACAGAGGAGGACAAGAGGGGUUUAAUGCUUCAGUUGCAGCAAUUUCAGGAAGAGGAAAGUUUACCAGCUAAGGGGCAACAGCUUGAAAAGGCACUUCAGGAAAUAAAAAUUGACAACGUAAAUCUGACAAGCCAAGCACUUUUGGUUAUGGGGACAGAAUACAAAACUAAGUUAUUUGCAAAAGAAGAAGAGAUUGCCAGUUUGAGAGUAAAAUUAUCUGAGUUUCGCAAAGAAAGACGUCCUGCAAAAAUGGAUACCAUUAUUGCAGAAAAUGCAGAUCUGAUAGGAGAAAUCAAAGCCCUGAAAGAGAAAUUGCAGAUGCUUGAAAGGGACAGUACUGAACUGACAGAUGAAAAGUUUCAGCUCUUGAGUAAACUAAAAGAGAAAAAUGACAAUGCAAUGGCGGAAAGCACAUCUCGGUCAUCCAAUAAGCUUUUAGCCAAUGGUUUUAUCAAAUCCAGAUCUGAAGUGAGUGAUGAGGAAUCCGAAAUGCAUAUUCUCAAAGAGAAGCUGAAGAAGGAAGUACUUGAUGAGAUAGGAAACGAAUAUAACUUGUCCAUCAAAGAACUUGAGAGGUUGAAUAUCGAACUGGAAGUAAAAAUUGAAGAACACGGGGAGGAAUUGGCCGAAAAAAGUUCUAAAUUGCAGACACUUGAGGUUAAUCUGGCGUCAAAAGAAGAGGAGAUUAGCAAGCUUCUGCAGAGUCAUAGUGCAUUAGAGGCCAAGUUUUCAGAUCUUCAAGAUGACAAAGCUGAGCUAGAGGAUAACAUGGAAGAUUUCCUAAGAGAAAGUGAGAUUGCUACAAAAUGCUUGACUGAUUUGCAGAAUGAUUUAAUAGUGCUUAGCAGCAGUGUUGAUUCUCACAUUUCUGUAAAUAAAUAUUUGGAAAAACAAAUCUCAGAACUGGAAACUGGAAAGCAGGAUUUGGAGAUCCGUAUAUCAGAUUUAGAGCAAGAAAAUGUGCAGCUAUCCGCACUCAAAUCUGACUUGGAUGCUCAACUGAGGUCUUUGACAGUUGAGAAGGACGCAAGUGAACUGGAGCUAGAAAAAUCAAAACAUCUUAUCCUGACUCUGCAAGAUGAGAUCACAAAAUUGAGAAAUGAUAUGGAGACUCAAAAGAUGGAUUUGAAGCAGAAUCUAGAGGACACAAGUAAUCAAUUGUCUGCAGCUAAAGAAGAGUGUAAAUGUUUGAGAACAGAAAAUACCAAGCUACAAGCUGCCACUGAGAGUCUGAUUGAUGAGCGUAAUUUACUUAAAAAAACUAAUGGAGAUUUAAAGAAGCAGAACUUGGAAUUGCAUGAGCUUCAUUCUCACCUGCAGACAAAGUUGAAGGAAUCGCAUGCAAGUUUCACUGAUAGCUCCAAGAAAAUAAAACUUCUGGAAGAAAAACUUUCUUCGGUGCUGGAAGAUAAUGAUUCAAGAGGGAAGAUUUUAACUGCAGAAUUAGAUGCACUUCUUGAUGAAAACAGAAUACACAAAGAGAAACUUGAUCAAGGUGAAAUGUUGCUCAAUCAGAUGUAUAUGGAGCACACAGCUGAAGUUGAGAGCCUACAACAAGAGGUAAAACAUCUCGCCAGGAAACUUUCUGCCGCUCACGAUGAAAGGGAUAGAAUAACAUCUGAAUGUGAGCAGGAAGUAUCUCAUUUACGAGCUACACUGGAAAGCGACCUCAAUAAUAUGCAAUUAGAAUCUGAGGAAAAGGUACAAGGCUUGGUGGCUGAGGUUGCUACCUUCAAACAGAACAUGGAAAAACUGAAGACUGAUAAUGAUAGACUUUUGAAGUCGCUACAGAAAUAUAAACAUGGGGAUGAUAAGUUCAAGACUGCUGUUAAUGAUCUUGAGCUAAAGCUUACAGUUUGUGAAUAUGAACGACAACAACUACUGGAAGAAUCUUCAAAUCUCAAGAUGCAGUUGCUGAAAGUAGCACAUCAUGAGGAUAAAGUUUUGACUUUUACGAAGAAGCUCAAUGCGUCAAAGUCUGAAAAAGAUAAACUCGAGGCAGCAUUAAACCAAAUAUCUGGAGAAUGUGAAGAAUUGAAGUUAGAGAAAAAUUCAUUAGUUGAUAAGAUUUCUACCUUGCAGGAAGCUGUGGCUGAAUUAGAGGACUGUAAAAAGAGCAGGAUCACUUUAGAAGAAAAGCUUUUGGAGAUGGCAGAUGAUCUAGCGGCAACAGAGACAUUCUGUGCACAGGAUGCUAAGCUCAAAAAUGAGCUCAGCCUGAUAAAGAGGGAAAAUGAUAAGUUUCAGCAGAAGAUCCAACUACUUGAGGAAGAGAAAUUUGAGAGCAUAGCUAAAGCUCAAGCACUUGAAGAAGAACUGAAAUUGAUGAAGGAAGAAGCAAAUAAUCAAAGAGCAUCCAACAUAGCUUCUUACAGGAAUCGGCAUCAAAGAGAGAGUAAAGAUGGAUAUGAAAUUUCUGGUGAAAUUCCUUAUCCUUCUGGAGACGCUCUUUUGAAGAUUCGGUCACUAGAGGAAGAACUUGCCAAGGCUACAGAAGCAAAUAAAAUGUAUAAAGUUCAGCUUAAAAGAUUAACAUCUGAAGGUAGGAAAAAUCGAACUGAGUUUCCUAGAAAAUUGACAACUGAAGGUGAAGUUACACCAAAAGACAGAAAUGAGCGCACAAACUCAUCAAUGGAAGCAGAGUUAAGAGACCUUCGUGACCGCUACCUGACCAUGAGCCUCAAAUAUGCUGAAGUAGAAGCUGAGCGUGAAGAACUUGUGAUGAACAUCAAAGCAGCAAAAGAAGGAAAGAGGUUGUUCUCAUUUACUUCAUGAUCUUCCCAUGUAAGCUUUUCUAACGCAAAUACAGACAUUUUUUUACCUGUGGAUCCCUUUGUACCGUAGUUUUGAUCUUCAAAGCUGUUUGUGAGGUUGAAUAACCGUUGAGGAGAGUAGCAAAAUAAUGGCCAGAAUUCGUAUAGAUGUGCCAAGUGCUGUGGCUGACAGUUUUUUAAUUCCCAUUUUCACUGUCAAACAUGUUAUAGAUCGCUGGAUUUUUCAUCUUUCUCUAGUUGCCAGUUGGAGUACCUUGCUAAUUGCAAGAGCUGUGUAAGAUUGUGUUAUUAAGAUGUCAAGGUUAACGGGAUUCUACCCGUCUCAAUGUAGUAAAACACACUAUAAGAAAUCAAAUGAUUUACA